AUGGCAACCAUACGGACACUGACGUUGAAUUUAUUAAUUAUAUUGUGUUUGUAUCUUCCCAUUCCAAAUAACCCUUUAGUGUUGGGUGACGUAGAAGAAACUUUGAAACGUAUCCAAAGUCAUAAAGGCGUGAUUGGGAUCAUUGUUGUUAAUAAUGAAGGUAUUCCAAUCAGAACUACAAUGGAUAAUUCUACAACAACGCAGUAUUCAAGCCUUCUCCAUCAGCUUGCCGCUAUGGCUAGAGGAGUUGUCCGCGAUGUCGAUCCACAGAACGAUUUGACCUUUCUAAGAAUUCGAUCUAAAAAACACGAAAUCAUGGUAGCACCUGACAAGGAACAUGUCUUGAUUGUUAUUCAAAAUCCAAAUGAAUAACCCAUUUUAAACCGAUACUCUAUACGACGAAGUAUUCAAUAUGAUCAAGCUCACAGCUAACAACAUUAUAUUAAAUAUAUAUAAUUUUCUAUAGUAAAAUUGGUAUACUUCGACAAUUCAUGCUUACACUUUCUGUAUCGUUCUUCUCCAAUAAUAAUUUUUAUUCCUUUAUUAAAAUUAUAAUCAACACAAAUCAUGUUCAUUUAAGAAAUUACCUAAAAUUGUAUAGUGAAUUCUAUCAUUACAUCAUUUCCCUUCUACAAAUACAAAACUGGCCAUAUGCUGGAUACUUUCUAAUUUGGUUUGCUGGCUAGCUUCAAAAGUAUAUUAAUUAAUUAAUUAAUGUACAAGUAAAUAAAAU